CCGUCGUGUCCCUCCUGUGGUCCCCUAAAACAGUUAAUUAAAUUUAAUGGACACGCCACGAGCAAUGGAUUGGGUCCAAAGAAAUUAUCCUGCUGUGGACAAAGUUGAAAGAACCAUUGUGGUGGAUAAACAAAGCCACCAUACAACAAAAUAACAAUAAUUGAAGGACUUGUACUGGGUAACAGCUAACAAGUGGUGAGGAGAAGUCUAAAAAGGGGUCUAUUGAAGAACAUGGUCUACUAGCAGAAUGUAACAAGUUCACAUGCUAUGUCGAUAUAGGCUUCUUUCAUUAAUCUUGCAGUUCCCUCAGUUGUGCACUACCAACAGAACACAUUCCAACUCCAUUGUCCCCAUCCUUCAUUUCAAUUGGGAAGACAUAACCAUGUGAUGAUACCUUAUGAGUUUUCUCUCCUAUCAACAUUUCCAUAUCACAUUCAUAUGGCUGCAUACAUACCAUUCUCCCUCUAGCUUUCUAUCUCUAUCUGUCUCUCUAUAUAUAUGUGUCUUAGGAGCUCAACAAAGUACCAACACCAGUCUUCUUACUUUCUUCUCUCAAAGACCUCUCUCUCUUCUCUUCAAAAUUUCAUUUUGUCCCUUUCUUUCUUCACUACCGAUCGAAAGUCAUGGGAAUCCGGUUUCUUGGCACUCUUCAGGCUAAGGCCCUUCUUCGGCGAUCUAUUUUUCCAGCAAGGCAAACAGCCCCAGGUGUUGAACAUAUCCCUAAAGGCUAUUUAGCUGUUUAUGUUGGAGAGAUUCAGAAGAAAAGAUUUUUGGUUCCAAUAUCAUACUUGAACCAACCUUUAUUUCAGGAGUUGCUACAUAAAGCUGAAGAAGAAUUUGGGUUUAGUCAUCCUAUGGGUGGUCUAACUAUUCCUUGCAGAGAAGAUACCUUCCUCAAUCUUACUUCUGUUUUGAAUGGCUUUUGAGAGUGGAAGGAGGAACAAAGCUCUGGCAAUUGAAAUUUCAUCACACACUUUUGUAGAUUGGGAACAUCCAGUUCCAUGUACAUAAUAUAUAGCUUUUUCCUGUAUCAGAAUUUUGUCAACAAGAAACAUAUUCAUUUACAUGAGAAAUUAGAAAUAGAAUUUUUUGUUCAA